ACUCAUCAUCAAAAUUCAAAGACACGUCAUUAGCAUCGGCUCGUUCAGCUCAGAUCAGUUGAAGACUUCACAAUGAUCAAAUCAACCUUUUAUACAACUGGAACAGGCCAAGAAUGAUGCUGAGAUAUCAGUCAAUCUUCUGCGAGAACCUUUCUCUCUUUCUGUCCUGUGCACAACCACUCCCAGGCUAGUAGUACUACAACCACACUUACGACGUACAUCCCAACGUACACGUACGUCUGGUAACAUAUAGGCUACCACCUGUUGCAUGUUAACCCUAGCCCAACAUCGAUCGACUGGUAUAAGGGAAUUCCCCGCGCGCGCUGGAUGCAAGAUAUCAAUGCAGCGAGAGCUUUGAGCGAGAGCAUGCUUAGAGAGCGGCGGAAAGCUACCCGUGCCUAGCGCCCGAGUACACAGGAAGUUAAUAUUUGGCAGUUCAUGGUCAGGCAAGAGAAGCAAAAGUGCUUGCAGUUCAUGAUGGCAAAUCUUCUAAGAAUGUUGGAAAGUUUGACAGCAGUAAUUUGUAUGUUAUGUGGCCUAUCUGAGCAGGACUCACUAAUACACUCAGAAAGAUUUCUACCUACAUUUGAACCUGUCAUUCUUUCAGAUGAUCAGACGUCGUCAUGUUUGAUCAAAAAUUUAGCAGGACCGUCUGGGUGUCGAGAAUGGAGAAAUAGGAAAUCUUACCAAACCUUAGACGGGCGCCCCGUCGAAAUUUUUGACGAUGUUUUGGAUUUUCGGUUGAUGACAACAUUGCAGGAUUAUUCAAACUUGGUUGCAGAAUGGGAGUUCAACAGCAGAGAUGGUCCUAGUCCUUGGUCUGCAUCUUUGGAUCCUGGACCAUUUGAGAACUCUCUCUUCAUCUCAGUCAUGAAAGGAUUAGUCUCAUCUACAAUGGGCGUUGAUAGAACGACUCUUAAGAUCUUCAGCAUCUCCAUUAAUGUAUUUAGAAGAGGUGACCACAUUAAAUUGACCAGGGAUAAUACGGGUGAAGAAAAGGAGUAUUCCGUGGUGCUUUAUUUCAAUCACUAUUGGCGCAAGAAUGAUUAUGGUGAACUUCUCUUUUACGAAGAUAACAACGAUACUUUCGUGGCUCUUAGUCCCAAGUAUAACAGAGCAGUGGUGUGGGAUAGCUCAGUUGGUUACAUAAUGAAACCUCCAAGCAUGGAUUUCAAGCAAGGCAUGAUGAGUCUCAAGAUGUCAUUCACAAUGAACGCAACGAAAGAGAGCGAAGUGAGGCAGCGUAGACAACUCCACUUUGAAGAAAAGGCGAAAGCUCGGGAAACGCUCUUCUCCGAGAUGAAAGGGUCGAAGGUUAAAUCUAUCGAAGAUGUUGCAAACUGUUUGACAAAGAAUUAUACAACAUCCCAAGGUAAACGACUUUACAUUUUUGAUGGACUCUUCGAUGCAGAUGAUUUGAUGAAACUGAGAGAGUUUGUUCCAAAGCAUGGAACAUUCUACUACGAUGACAGUCUUGAUCUUGACAGUGAUAACGUCCAAUGGAUUGCAGGAUUUCCUAUUGAAAGCUAUGUCCAAGGCAAGAUGUGGACACCUACACAGAAGGUGGCUGAAUUCAUUUCAGGUACCGACCAGUGGUAUCCCUAUGAUGUCUCUUGCAACCUCCUGAGGACCUACGAUCACACCAGGAUCCACGAGGACUGUGAGAUCAGAGAGAAGGAGUGGACAUUUCUGGUGUACCUCACCGAUGACUGGAGUGAGGAUAAGUAUGGAGAAACAACAUUCUUGCACUUCAAUGGCCACAGCUCCGAACCAGUGAUCAGUGUCCUACCUAGAUUUGGAAGGGUUGUAAUCUUUGAAGGUAUCAUUCCUCAUUCAGCUCGCCCGCCUAGUCCCAUCUACAGAGAUUCAAGGUUGACGUUUGUUGCUAAGCUUUCUAUCAAUGAGAGAGCUGCUAGGGUCAAAUCACUGAAGACAGAGUUUGCUUACGAAGAGGGUAGCCACCAGAUGUGCCUUCAACACUUCAAGAGCUAUCAUGACAAGCACUAUGAAGAACAUUUUAAAGAAAUGCUCCUUGCAAAUGCCAGGGAAUUACGAGCAGUAAACCAAGCACUGAACCAACGUUUCAGGCCUGAUGGUGACAGCGAUGAUGAUGAGGAGGAGGAGGAUCAUGGCCAUUAUGAGGAAGAUGACAAUGAUGAGCAAAUGGAAUAUGAUGAAGAACCAACGUUUGAUGAAGAAACGCUGCCAGAAGUAAAAAGGAGGCGAGAUUAUGUCUACGGAUUGUUUGACCGCUCUCUAAACAUUGAGGAGCUGAGGACUCAUUACCGUCAGGUUUUAAUUGAUGCCCAAAUAGUAAAACAGAAAUACGUGGAGCAAAUGGAAAAACUGAUUUAAACCAAAGUACUUGUAUAAAUAUGAUUUUGUUCCCUCAUAUUUGGCAAAAGAAGACAGUGAUUACAUUUUUUUAAUGGAUAACUACUUUAAAGCUGGUAUAAAAAUGAAAUUUUGAUACAAAAUGGUUGGAAGUUAUCCUGGGCCCCGUCUUACAAAGAGUUGCGAUUGAUCUGAUCAAACUCAACUAUGGAAAGCCAGCAACACACACAUCUAAAGAUACAUCUUUGUUCCAAAAAAAAUUCUAGAUGAUGUAUUUUCAUAAAUUCAUUGAAUUCUUGACGAUUUGGUCUGUUUGCCUUUGUUUUCAAAGGACAUUUUUGCAAAUUUCCUGGACAAAAAUUAUGACACUGUUGGAUUUCCAUAGACUUAUAAUUGAUUGGAUCAAUUGUAAUUCUUUGUAAGACAGGGCCCUGAAGUGUUUAUCAUUUGCCAGAAUGCUUAUUUAGAAUAACAAACUUUAAUCAAAAUAAUUUAGGCUUGCUUGAAAUUGUAUUAAUUUCAUUACAACAUGCUUUUCCUUGUGUACAUAACACAGGGAACAACAUGUGGGACCACACAAUAUAUGGACAGACAUUUUCCGGUAAUUUUUCUGAUCUUCAUUUGCUCAUUACUCUGUGAUUAUAUAUUUUCAAGAAAAAUUGUUUGGCAGAUAUAAUUUAUUAAGUGUUUUUAUCAUUUGGUGUAAGUUUUGUUCAAUUCUGUGAACAUUUUAUUUUAACUUAAUUGUUACCAGUUCCAGAGUUUAUCUGUAACAAAGAUAUUAACUAUCUUAUUAUUUUUACUAUUUAUUUCAAAACUUUAGCCAGUCUGCUGCUCUAAGUUUUUCUCUUUCCCUUUGGUCAACUUGUCAUGAGGAUAAGAUUUCCUGUUGAAACGUUAAUUCCAGAUACUUAACUAAGUUUGGUUUUUAUAUGUGGCAAGCCAGGCCAAAACCAGGGAGGGAAUGUUCUCUGUAAACGGCUAAAACAAAAAUUCGAGCUGCCAAGUUUUAUUUUACAAUUUCAGUAUUUUUCCACCUAAAAGUCAGUAUUUUGGCAAAACAUCUGUAUUUUCCACGUGGCCAAAGAAAAACCUAUUUCAUUGGUGCGGCGGCGAGGCCACAUUCCUAUUUUGUCUUCAACAGAAACGAAGGCAAGAAAUAAAACAUUCUUUUGGAAAAAAAUUAAUUACUUCCAAAAGAUAAAAAUUAAGGGGGAUUACAAAAGACACGAUCAAGGAUUAUAAGGAGACUCAAAUUUCCAUUUUAAUACAGAAGGUAACACAAAACAAUCACAAUAUACUGGUAAACACGGACAUACACAAGUUGCAAAAUUUAUUUAUUUAUUAUUUUUUUGUUGGUACUUUACCAUAUAAAAGCGUACUCCCGUAUUUUAAUUUGAUUUUCAAUUCAAUUUAAUUCAAUUCAUUUUAUUGUCAUGUAUAAAAAACACAAAAAUUGUCCUCGGACUCCUUUCUUAACAAAAAGUGCAUUAUACAGAAAAAUAAUCAUUCACAAACUAUAAAUACAUCAAAAUAAUAAAUACGAAGUACAAAAAAUACAUACUUCUGGGCACAUACUCUUUAAAGAGUAAGAAGUAGGAAAUUAGCUUAUCUGAAAGAGAAAUCAGACUGUCAAAAUUUGAAAUUGUCAAGAUGAAUAAUUUUCCGCACUGCUUGGAAGUUUCACUGAGAUUGUAUAAUGUUCACAUCUCAUAUUUGAGUGAACCUCAAACUUCAUUUUCUCUUUAUUCUUUGCCCAGAACUCUCUGUUAAUUUUUUUCUACAUUCAAACAAGUGCUUGCAUGGGUUAUUGUUGACCAAUUUAAUAAGUUAUAUAUCAUUUUAAAGCUUUAGGAUGUGCUAUUUCAAUCCCAAUAUAAGUCGGAAAAAAAUCCUUUUUGGGCGAGUUAUUGUUAGUUUUUGGGUGGCUGGUCACUUAUUUCCUGACGCUUUCUUUUUUAUUUUGUUUUUAUGAUACACCAUAAACACACAUGUUAUGUAUUAUUACCUUAACUUCAUAUUCUUCCCAGGAACACAGUACUAACGGGGGAGUGUUUCAUUAAACAAAUAGUCAGCUAUUUUGACUGACAUAUUUGCUCUGAGCCAAUCGGGUGCAAGGAUUUCAGUAACUUAUAACAAUAGUUAGACUCAUAGACUAUUUGUUUCAUGAAAUACUCCCCAUAUUUUUUUAUAAUAUGCAUAUUUUUUAUAUAUAUAAUUGUUAGUAUAUAUUUUGACUCUUUGUAUCAUAUUGAUUUUUUAUACACUAUUUUAUCGCCGCAAUUGAAAUCAUAUCAGGGGGGUGUUUCACAAAGAUUUAAGUAUGACUUAAAUCACACUUAAAUGCUGACGCGUAUCUGAAAUAAAACACGCAAUCUAAUUGAUACGCAGCAGUAUAUGCAAUAGGCAGUAGUGCGGGUCCUCUUUGCAUGAUCUGACCAAUGAGGUAAUGCCUUUUAUAACGCACGCAAAAAGGCGUUUAAGUGCGACUCUAAGUCAUACUUAAAUCUUUGUGAAACGCCCCCCAGUUUUCUUUCAGUAGCCAUGAAUUUUCACAGUUACCACAAUCAUCAAGGUUAUUCCUUGGUGAUAUGAAAUGAUAGUUUUAUGAAUUAUAUUUGAUUUGUAUUUGGUAAUACUAAUCUCAUUGUGUAUACAUUCAUUAAAAGUUAUGAUACUGGAAAAGUAUGAGAAUUAAUGUUAUUAUGGUAAUUAAUGCAGUACUAAUACUUUUAUACAAGUAUAUAUCUUUGAAAAGAAUAUUUGAUGUUUAUAUUGUGGUCAUACUAGAUGAUGUGUUGCAGCCAUUGCUGAUGGAAGUCAGGGCCCACUCCUUAUAUUGAUUUGUAUGAUGUGUAACAUAACCUGAAUAUAUGUACUUUGUCAAAUUCAUAUUUUUGGGUCCUUUUUACAUGAGGUGAAUAUAUAAAUAAAGUAAGAAUAAGAUUUAAGUAUGCACAAAUAUAAUCACAAACAAUUAAUAUCUCUCACAAGAUGAGAGAGAUGCAGAAAUCAAUGGUGUAGUAGACAAAUAGUGAUUAGGCGUGAGUGUGAUGGUACAGAAAGAUGCGCUCACUAUUCAACAAGGCAUAGCCGAAUUGAAUAGAGUACCUCUCUCUUUCACCGAAUGCAAAAUAUUGUACCAUGAAACGGAUAAUACUGUUUACUUUUUGUUUUGUUCAAUGCCGCGGAAGUUCGGAAAUACAAUCAUUAAUAUAUUUUUUUCCUUUGUUCAUUUAUGAAAUUGAGGAAAGAAUUGAAAGCAUAAAGCAGCUAUAUCCCUUGAUGGUGAUUCAAGCACGCAUCAUUCCAUAAUUCUACUUUAUAACCGGAACUAAGAUUUAUUUUGUGCAAAAUGGGCUUUAUCACGAAUUCACACAAAUAACACUGAUAAAAAAAGAACUAUUAUUUGUGUGGAUCAGUGUCUAGAUCUGACCUGUGCAUGAUAUUAAAUGUUCGAUUUACUUUUUAUUAUUACAGAAUAUUAUAAAGAAGGUCAUAUUGUUAUGUGUCGGGAAAGAGUAAGAGGAAAUUCCCUUUGAUUCCCAGGUUCCUGCUCUCAAAAUCAAUGUACUUGAAUUUGAUGCAUUGAUUCUGUUUCCAUAAUACCUCCAUGCAUUGAUCUUUGUAAGUUAAAGCAAAGUUUGAGUUUCAGUAUAGAAAUCUUAUUCCAAUAGGAAAUGGUUAGAAGCAAUCCUAAAGUGUGUAUCAUAUGCCAGAAUGCUUAUUUAGAACAAAGUUUUGUUAGUGACCACCCCCCCCCCCCUUCCCAAAAAAUUUUGUAGGCCCACAUCAGUUGCUGUAACUGAAUCUUGUCUUUCACUUUUCACCAUUUUUGGGGCUUGUUCUUCAAGUCUAUGAAUGCAUUCAUGUAUAUUUAAUCCUAACACAAAUUGUAUGAUAAAGUUAAUUUUUGAAAAUAACAACGGGAGUUUUCUACUGUAAUUUAAUAAACAAAAAUACAGUAGUUGUA